GAGACAUCGAGUGUUGUGUUGUCGUGAUCAAGCUGAGCUCUUCAUUCCCGUUUUGUAGUGUGUAGAACUGAUGUGUUUUCAGGAGUUUGUUUGUCUUACCUUCCAAAAUUACGCGAAUUCGUCCAAAGCUUGUAGGCCAAGACUUCAAAUUUUAAAGGGACCAUGGCAUCUGGAGUUCACGCUGUCGCACUCCGGCUUAAACAGGCAAAAAAGAAGAAAUUGUUGCUGGAUCAGCAACAGCAACAGCUGGGCUUGAAGCCACCAUUGGAUAGGGUAACAAGCGUCCGCAUCGUCGAACCUAACAGAUCGCCUCGCAGAUCGUGUCAAGGAUGGGAUGUUACUUCGGAUCUGUCGGGAACGGAAGGAAGGACCAGCAAUGCGGACCACCGACAGAUGGCCGAUAAAGCCUAUAAGAAAUGGUUAAAUAAGCAAAAACUCGCAACUUCACUCAACGCCACAGUGUUCCGAAAAAGCUACAUUGCUGCAGGACAAUCAAAUAAUUUCGAUGCGCUUUUAUGGUUCGGUUUAACUGUUCUGUUAACUGGCACCAUAGUUAGUUUUGUUGGGCUUGGUGAAAAGGGCUUCCGGACCAGCUAUUUACGUCUCAUGGGUCCCGUCUUGUGUGGUACUGGUUUGGCAGUUGUCAUCAUUCGUAUUGGAAUUUGUUGCGUUAAUGGAAGAAAAAAGGCCACCGCCCAAUUUUAUAUUAGAGACCAAUUAGCAAAAGUGGUCACUGUUCAGCAGGCCGUUGCCGUCCGUUCUAUCCAAUACAAAUCUGCAGAGGGACCCCCAGGAAUUCCGUCCAUACGAAUUGAUCCAAGUUGCGAUUCUGGUAUGAUGAAAAGUAGUGUUACGGCUGGCACAGAUUUGUCACCAGAAGGAAGUCCGGUGUUAUCGGGAGAACAUGUCCCCUUAAUCGAUAUUGAAUCGGCCGAACAUACGCCUACCCAGAAUAUGACGACCGCCGUCAUUGAAAGCGAGUGGAUGUCCAGACCAGCUGAUGCAAGUCGUCCAGUUGAUUUCGCUGGAAGUUGGAGAAAAUCGCGGGAUGCUUCGAACUCAGAGCUGGCGCUAAAUCCUUCUUCCCUAGCUAGGCAUGAAACUAACAGUUGAUUUCGCUGGAAGUUGGAGAAAAUCGCGGGAUGCUUCGAACUCAGAGCUGGCGCUGAAUCCUUCUUCCCUAGCUAGGCAUGAAACUAACAGUUAAUCAUGAAUUUAACAGCCUGAAAACGGCCAACUGGAUUAAACGCUGAGAAACAUGAUUCUUGUGGUUAUGCACACGUGUGGUGGUGGUUGUUUGUUAAAACCCACAAUCACAAUGAUCUCGCUUAUUAUACUCACUUUACAUGUCAUUUGUUAUCUUGCAUUCAAGCAAAUUACUUGAUGUACGUCCAUGAAUGUGGAAGAAAUGUCCUUUUCAUACUUACAAAUGCCGAGUUUCGUACAAAAAAUCUUUUGCUUUGAA